AUGACUAAACAGUAUAUAGUAAACAAAAUGAAUGAUACUAGAAAAGAUGAUUUUUAUGAGGUAGAAAAAUGUGGUAAAUGGAUCGAUACGCAUAAUUUAAACAAGGUUUGUCUACAAUUUCCUGAUAACCUUUUACCAGAUUCAGUAGAAAUUGCAUUACGUUUGGAAAGUCAUAUUAACAAAAAAGUAUAUAUUUUGGGAGAUACUUCUUGUGGGAGUUGUUGUGUUGAUGAAAUAGCUGCUCAACACAUUAAUGCAGAUAGUAUAAUACAUUUUGGUCAUGCUUGUUUGAAUCCUACUAUGCGUUUACCUGUAUUUCAUGUAUUACCAAAACAAGAGAUUGAUAUAAAAGAAGUUAUUAAUAGAUUUAAAUUACAUUAUGUGAAUCAAUUUGAAAGAAUCUUAUUUUUUUAUGAUGUUGCUUAUGCACAUAAAAUUGAGAAUAUAUAUAAAAUAUUAAAUCCUAUAUAUAAAAAUUUAAUUUUUACUUCAUUAAAUUGUAUUUCUAAUGUGGAAUUCACAGAUGUUAAAAAUAAUUCAUCUACAAUAAUCUUAGGCAGAUGUUUUAAAUUAGAUAAGAAAUAUAAAAUAGAAGAUUACAUAGCGUUUUUCUUGGGAGAUGAUGGAAAGACAUUUACUACCUUAGCAAUGACAAUUCCUGCAAAAAAAUGGUACUAUUUUGAAAAUAAUAAUAUUAUUGAAUAUGACAUUUUAAAUACAUCAUGGUUAAAAAGAAGGAGAUACAUAGUUGAGAAAUUAAAAGAUGCCAAAGUAGUUGCUAUAGUUGUAGCAACUUUAGGUAUUAAAGAUUAUCUUAAAGUAAUAACAAUGAUUAAACAUAUUCUAAAAGAAAAAAAGAAAAAAUCUUAUAUUUUAAGUGUUGGUAAAAUAAAUCCAACAAAGCUUGCUAAUUUUCCUGAGAUCGAUGCUUUUGUUGUAAUAACAUGUCCUGAAAAUGAAAUAUUUGAUUCUAGAGAAUUCUUAAAACCAAUUGUAAUGCCUUAUGAAGUAGAAUUGGCAUUUAAUAGUUCAAGAGAAUGUUAUACACAAUAUUGUAUGGAUUUUAGACAGAUACUUCCUGGAGGAAUGAAUUAUAUUGAUUUCAAAGCAUCUACAGAUUCAGAUGUUUCCUUAAUUACUGGUGAACUUAGAAACUUUGAUGAAAAUGUUCCAUGCACAGACAAAAUGAGUGAUUUAGUAAUUAAUAAUUCAUCAGGUGUUAUUGCAAUUGGAAAAGCAGGAGCAGAAUUUUUACAAAAUAGAUCAUGGAAAGGAAUUGAACAAAGAUUAGGCAAAGAUGCAGUGCAUUCAGCAGAAAUUGGUCGCUGUGGUUUACCAAAUUGUUAUGAAAAUGAACCUAUUUCUAUUAAAAAAAAUAAUGAAUAA